AUGUGGGACAAUAAAGAUUCCGAUGAAGAUGAACAACAAAAUACAGGUCCAAUGAGUCGUAAAAUAACAGAAAAAGAUCAAAAUGAUGGUAAAAAGGACCGCUGUCACUGUACUAAAGGAUGUUUGAAACGUUCUUGUCCUUGCUUUAAAUAUGGUAGUGGAUGUAAUUCUUCCUGUGGAUGUGGCUCGUCUUGUCAAAAUAUGUUCAAUUAUCUUGAAUAUUUCUUUAGUGAAAAUCAAACAUGUGCCGCCCACCCUUGUUUUUCCAAGUGGCUCGUUCAAAAUGCUAAAAAUGCAGAUGGACUUCAAAUGAUAGAACGUAAUGAGUUAUGUCAACGUAUCAUGCAAUCUGACGGCUAUUCAAACAUAUUUUAUGAUGAAGCAUUCAAAGAAUGGAAGAAAAAAUGGGAUCAAAUCGAAAAAAAUGAAGAAUUAUCUCAUAUUCAAAAAUUAUUUCGUAUGCUUCUAUCGGUUGAAGAAACCAUGGAUUAUUAUUAUUCAUUUUGUGAAAAUGAUGUAUUAGAAGAGAAUAGUCAAUGGCAUUGUAUAAUAUGUCAAAAAUGUGUCGAUUGGAGAGAAUGGCAUUGUGGACAAUGUAAUAAAUGUAUGUAUUCCAUAAAAGAGGC